UGUAUAUACGACCGUGUGUAUAUAUCAUGGAGUAAUUUGUACAUGUAAAAAGUGGUUAUUGCCACUUAUUUUUUUAGUUUUCUCCAUAUAUAUAUAUUUUUUUAAAAAAUCAUUUUCCUCUUUAUAACAAAGAUUGAGGGCUUCUUCUUUUAUAAGCAAAAAUUUUCUAUUUAAAAUUACAAAACGGGAAAAAAAUGUAUUUUUUCCAUAUGCUUUGUGUACUUAUUUUUGUGACAUCAGUCCUAACCUUAGUCACAAAUAAGGAAACACAAAAAAUAUAUCGUGAUUUAGAAAUUGCAAAUAAUUCAACUAUGACGAUAUUAAAUAAAUUAAUUAAGGAUUCUGAAAAUAAAGGUUCAAUUAAAAAAAAUUUGUCAACUGAAGAAAUUGGUAAAAAUUCAUCCAUAAGCAAUGCAAAUGAAUUUAUUCUGGAAGGAGGAGGAAAAAUUGAUUUUUCUUCAUCGGCAAAAUUUGUAACUCCAAUUAUUACUGAAAGAAAUUCAUCUCAAUUGACGACAACAAUGAAAACAAUUCAAGAGACGAAUAACAAUAAUAAUGAUAAAAAUAAUUUAAAUGAUAGUGAAAAAGAAAUAAGCGAAUUGAAAAAAAGUAAUAUUAAACCAAGAAAAGGUGUUGCUAAUGAUAAUUUUACCUCUGUGGAGAAGAAAAAUUUAAAUAAAAAAAUUUCAAAUUUUUCGAAAAAAUCAGAAAUAUCGACAACAAUAAAAAUGCCAAUAAAUAAUACGAGUCAACAAAAUUUAUCAACGUCGACGACGACGACGACGACAACAACAACAACAACAACAAUGAAAAUUUCAUUGAAAAAUUCAACUGAAAAAGUGACGGCAAAGAAACAUAAAUUAAAACCAACAGUGACAAUUGGUGGUGUUAAUGUUGAUAAACCAAUACCAGCAUCGCCAACAAAAUCGCCACCACUUGGAAUGCCGAGAAAAAUUGAUUAUGUCGUGCCAAUAAUGAUUACAAUAUUCACUGUUCCAUUGUUGAGUGUCGCCACUUAUAUUUUAUAUAGACGAGGCAAAGACUGUUGGGAUAAGAGACAUUAUCGACGAAUGGAUUUUCUCAUUGAUGGAAUGUAUAAUGAGUGAUAAUUAUUUUUUUUUAACGUGAAUUUAAAGGAAGAAAAGAAGGAAUUUUCAAAGGUUGUAGAAUUUUUUUUUUCGGUAAAUUUUUCUAAUUAGUAAAAUUUACCAAAACAAAAAAUUUUUAAAAAAAAUAUAAAAUUUUCUAAAAAUUGUAAUAAUUUCUAAAAAAUAUAAUAAUAUAUUAACUUUUUUUUAAUAUUUGUACAAUUUAUCAAAAAAAA